GAACUUCCUUCUAAGCCACCUAUGCAGCAGCACACUCCUCAUCGACAGUUGUUACCAACAAAAAGUGGAUGCAAUAAUGAGAAUAGUAAUAGACUUUUUGUCAUGGUUCAUAAGCUUCAGGAAGAAGUAAUUGUCCUCGCAGACACUGUUAAAAAAUUAAGCAAAAAAGUUGAUAACCUUGCUAUGUACAACAAAGAACAGGAAAAUGUAAAAUUUGAAAACGAAAUAAUAGGAAGGAUAAUACCAGUUAAGAAUUUAAAUGAGAUGGAAGACUUAGAGAAGAAAUUAGAAACCUCUGAAUUUAAUAGGCAGUUGUUUAAGGUUCUAACCUCUGUCGGGGGGAAGGAUGUAAGAUCAAUGACAUACAACUGUCUACGACGGUUGAUGUCCUACGAGGUCGCGGUAUCAUUCUCUUACAGCGGUCACGCUGCAAAAAACAAACAAAAGACGAAGAAAAUUGCAUUUUCGAAAACGAAUGCUUGCAAAAUCGCACUCGAAGCUGUAAAAAAAGUAAAUCCAGUGGCAACUGAGGAAGUGGUGAAGACCUGGAUGGGAAAGUGGCUGCAACAAGCUAAAUCCAGACUAGAUCGAAAAUCUUCUGAAGCAGGCGGAGGAGGUGAAGUUGAAGAAGAAGAUGAAGAAGAGGAAGUAGGCCUACAAUAAUGGAAAUAGUAUUUAUUUAUUUUAUGGAAAUUAUUUGUAAUUUAUUUACAUAGUAAUAAAUUAUCUUGAAACGUGAA